CAACCACUUCCCUUUUUGCGCUUGGAAAACUUGAAAAAAAACAGGGAAGUGUUUUCAAGUACAUGACAUUUUGAGGUAUCACAGCAAUUGCACAUGAAAUAGAUUGUGGGCUAUUGGAAUAAGUUGUGGUUCAUUCAUCACCACUGCAAACAGCUCCAGCCGAGCAGUGUGUGUCCCCAGCACACAAGAGCUCAGCCUGCCAAAGCCAUCACCUGUCCAUCCUUCCUGGGACGUGUCCCUGCCUGCCAGGGCACUUCUGCCACCAAAACCCAAUCUCCUGAGAAGUUAGAAGGCAGCUCACUUGUUGCUCACCUGCUGCCACCCUCAGCCUUGGGUUUGUGCAUCUCUGACAGCCCGCUGGGAUGAAUCCACCCUGCCCCAAACUGCCCUGCCUGUGCUGGGCCCUGCUCCAGCUGAGACAGUCAGUAGCUGGGGUCCAGCACAGAGCACCAGGAUUUCCCUGAACAGUGUCCAGCCACCCCGGAGCAUGCUCCCCCAGCAGCCCACAGCAGGUCAGUCCCCAUUAAUGCCCAGGGAGGGAAGUGCCACAUGCCCCACUCCCACCCAGAAAUCAUUCUGCACACAUUUUGCACCCACACGUGGAGAGAGUGGCAAUUAGGCAGGAGCUGCUUUCCCUGCUCAGGUGAGCUGUCCAGACAACAGACACCACAGGCACACCUGUCCCCAGAGCCACCACAGGUGAGGUGUGCACAGGCACCUGCUGACAGCUGGGAACAGCAUCAAGAGCUCAGCUGGAAGGCACUGCCUUGGGCAGCAGCCCUGGCAUGGCAGUGGACUGUGACACCCUUGUGUGGUCACCAGUGGGGAACAGAAGGGACAGCCAGGGACACAUCACACAGGUGACACUGCAUGGCAGUGGACUGUGACACCCUUGUGUGGUCACCAGUGGGGAACAGAAGGGACAGCCAGGGACACAUCACACAGGUGACAGUGCUGGGGUGACUGAAGCCCAGCCAUUCUCAGGGCUGCCUGCUCUCAGCAGCCAUUUUAUCACUGACACCAGCACCUGCACUAACCAAAAUGUCCCAGGGACUGGUGCACAAACUCCCUGGCACAGCUGCAGCCCGAGCACCUCUGGAGCAAGGCACAGCUGCCCAGGAAAGGGCCUGGACAGGAGCACUGCCCCCACGGCAGCCAGCCCUGGGCCAGAGCUUCCCACCAGCAGGCAGCAACAACCUCACACAAACAGCUCUGCUCUCUCAGAAAUGCACCCAAUUCCAGCACCCUGUUCCAGCCUGCACCCAGCAAACACACCACCCACCCCAGCUCUGCACACAGCAGUGCCUGCCAGACAGAAAGGGGCUGUCCCUUGCCCACCUGGGCCAAAACCCAGGAAUCCUCCCUGGAGAGGCAAAGCCCAGCCCAGGCCCUGUGUCAGUGACACCAGGGGCAGGAGAGGGGGCAGGCACCAGGCACCAUGGUCAGGGGCCCUGAGCAGACUCUUGUAAUGCUUUGGCAGUGACUGGUGCCAUCCAGAACGUGGAAUUCACACACAAACAACCAGGAGCUACAUUUGAGGGAUAUCCUGGCAUGCUGUCAGGGAACACCCUGUGUUUGCUCAUCCUACCAGUCCAGGUCUGUCCCGUGCACACACAAACCCAGAGAUGGGUCUGUCCUGUCCUGAGAGGCAGGCUCGGGUUUCCUUUCCCAGUUCAGGAGCAGAUGGUGUGCUUUCUCACGCAGAGCCGAGGGAAGAGACAGAAGCAAUAGCAACGUGACCAACACAGGCGACACUGAAAAUGAGGAAGGAAACCACACACCAAGAGAAAAACGUCUCCUCUUUCUACACAUUCCCCACUCUUAACACUCUGCUAGAGGCGUCUGCUGGCAGAGGAGCAGCGGAUGAGAUGGGGACAGCCACAGAGGGCUCUGUGACAGCUGCUGCAGGUUUGCCCAGUCUGUUUCCAACAAUGGGAGACUCUGCAAGCACGAGCUCUGUGGGUAACACCAGUGGAGCAGCCUCCUCUGCCCAGUGCCAGCGUGACACCACUGUCACCCACCUGCUCUUCCCAGUGCUCUACACCCUCAUCUUCCUCCUGGGACUCCUGCUGAACAGCCUGGCUUGCUGGGCUUUCUUCCAUAUUCCAAGCACAUCGACCUUCAUCAUCUACUUGAAAAAUAUCUUGGUUUCUGAUUUCAUAAUGACCCUGAUGCUUCCCCUGAAGAUCCUGACAGACUCUGGCCUGGCGCCGUGGCAGCUCAAGGCCUUUGUCUGCCGCUUCUCAGCCGUGAUAUUCUAUGACACCAUGUACAUCAGCAUCGUCCUGCUGGGGCUCAUUGCUUUCGACAGAUUUCUCAAGAUUGUGAGGCCUUUUGGGAAGUUCUGGGUGCAAAAUCUGACCUCAGCAAAGAUCCUGGCGACUCUGGUCUGGCUCUUCUUCCUGGUUCUCUCCCUGCCCAACAUGGUCUUGUCCAACCAGGCAGCGACGCCCCAGUCCGUGAGGAAGUGUGCCUCCCUGAAGAGCCCCCUCGGACUCAGAUGGCACGAAGCUGUCAACUAUGUCUGUCAGUUCAUCUUCUGGACUGUCCUCCUCCUCAUGCUGCUAUUUUAUACAAUCAUUGCCAAAAAGGUAUACGAGUCUUACAUAAAAACACAGAAGAAAGGCAACAGAAGCGAAAAACGGAUCAAGGGGAAAGUAUUCAUCAUUUUUACCGUGUUCUUCGUGUGCUUUGCCCCCUUCCACUUCAGCAGGGUGCCCUACACCGUGAGCCAAACGAGUGCCCACAUGGACUGCCGCCUGCAGAACCAGCUCUUCGUGGCCAAGGAGAGCACGCUGUGGCUGGCAGCCACCAACGUCUGCAUGGACCCCCUGAUCUACAUGUUCCUGUGCAAGCCCUUCCUGGAGAAGGUCUUCUACAGGAGAGUUAAGGCUCUGCAGAGAACAGCCCAGACAAACCCAAAAACAGAACUGGACACACGAGUAUCUCCUACUGAGUCUUGAUUCUGCAGCUGCACGCUCUGCUCUGCAUCUUCAUAGAGAACUUGAAAAACAGUUUGGUUUACUUCUGCUGAAGAGCACAAAAGGGUGUUUGCCAAGUAAUAUUAACACUCAAUAAAUGCAGCAAAAUGGA